AAGCUGCGGUUCAGUUGGAGCAGCUGCUUCAUCCACGUGCUGCAACACGGACCUGCAGGAUGGAAACAGGUUCUCAGAAGAUUUUAGGAAUCUCCAGCUGAACUUCUCCAGCUGAACUUCUCCAGCUGAACUUCUCCAGGUGCUUCAGCACCAACGUCAGGAUGGCAGCGGCGGCUGAACCAGGAGGACGUCCUGUGAAACGUUCCCGCAGCCUCGAGUUCUUGCCUCCAGACAUGUCUGAGCUGAGGAUUGUUUUGCUGGGGAGCAGCUGGAGUCAGAGGAACUCAGUGGAGAAGUCCAUACUGGAUAACAACAACUUCAACACAGAACCUCUCAGCUGCACCAGAAACACCAGCCGGUUUAGAAACAAACAUGUAACAGUCAUCAACACUCCAGAGCUGUUGAGUCCUACACAGGACAAACUGAACGAGUUUCUGAAAUACUGUGCCAGAGUCUCUUAUCCUGGACCUCAUGUGUUCCUGUUGGUCCUACAUCCUGAAGACUUCAAUGAGGAUCACAAAGAGAAGUUCUGCAGAAUCCUUGAAACUUACAACGAUCAGUCGUUUGAUCGAUGCCUGAUACUGGUGACACCCAGAGAGAAGAGCUCAGGCUUGAGGGAAACCCACAUGGAGAAUAAAACAUUGAAGGAGAUGAUCAGAAAAUGCAGAUACCGACACCUGAAGAUGAGUGACAUCAAACGUGCAGAGCUGCUAACACGUUUGGGUCAAGUUGCAAAAGAGAACAACGGAGAACGUCUGACCUAUGAAGUAAUUGAAGAAACAACUUCACCAGUUUCCAGCAGCUCAGCUGCUACAAUCAGGAAAUUCAACGACACGGAUGGAAAGGAGGUCAAACUUGGAGACCUGAUCCAGAUCUUCUGUCGUGUGUAUCAGGACUGGGCUGUUUAUGUUGGUGAUGGAGACGUCGUUACCUUCUUCCCAAACGGGUCUGUUACGGGCGUCGUGGUGAAGCAUAAGCUGGAGCACGUGGUGGAGAAGUGGAGAGUCAACAAUCGCCUGGAUCAUAAAUACCCACCUCGUCCAGCUAAUGAUAUCGUGAAGGAGGCCUGUUCACUGGUGGAUACAGAGAUGCAGUGGGACCUGUAUACGUACAACGAGGAACACUUCGCCACUGACAUGCGCUACGGCAAGCCUGAGAGUCAGCAGCCGUCUCUCCUCCAUGACGGUGUCACACUCAUAAAGAUCCAGAGAUUUAGAUCAGCAGACGUGGUUCCAGCACCACUCUGGUGA